GCCCCCACUAUUUAAAUACUUGCAUCGCUCGUUGAUCCCAUUUUCUGAGAACAUCUCUCAACAAAUCCUUUAAAUAAUAAUAAUAAAAAAAACCCAUUUUCCCUCUGCAGCUUCAAUGGCAGAUCGCCAAAACUAGAAAAGAAAAUUCAUUUCCAUUGCCUUCUUCGGCUGACUGCAUAUCGUUGCUUCUCAAGCACAAACUACUAGGGUUUUCAAUAUAGAGGAUUGCCGAAUUCAGUGCAGUGAAUUUUCUAGGGUUUUUCUCGAAGAUCGGGCUGGCGUGUAUCGGAAGAGGAUUUCUAGGGUUUCGUUUUUUCUUCUUCGUUUUAAGAUUACGAUGCGUUGAGAGAUGAGGUUUGGAUGCAUGAGAGAUGGGCUGCGUGUUUGGGAGAGAGGCUCCGUCGGGAACUGGUUCGGAAUUGAGGGAGAAAGAGAGGAAUUUUGUGUCGUCUGGUAGGAAGUCUCAGGUGACUGUGACGAUAGGGAAGAAUACCGAGGAUCUCGAGGUUCCGAAUGGGGAUCCGAAGGUGGAGAAGCAGGAGGAGGGUCGAGAGCAUCAUCAGCCAUCGCGGAGUGGGAGGAGGCGGUCCAGGCCGAACCCGAGGUUGAGUAAUCCGCCGAAGAACGUGCAUGGUGAGCAGGUUGCUGCUGGAUGGCCUAACUGGCUAUCGGCCGUCGCGGGGGAGGCAAUCAAGGGGUGGACCCCUCGUCGGGCUGACUCUUUCGAGAAGAUCGAUAAAAUUGGGCAAGGGACAUACAGCAAUGUUUACAAGGCUAGGGAUACUCUGACCGGUAAAAUUGUUGCGCUGAAGAAGGUCCGGUUUGAUAAUUUGGAGCCAGAGAGCGUGAAAUUUAUGGCUAGAGAGAUUCUCAUCUUGCGGAGAUUGGAUCAUCCAAAUGUUGUGAAAUUGGAGGGUUUGGUGACGUCGAGGAUGUCGUGUAGUUUGUACCUUGUGUUCGAAUACAUGGAGCAUGAUUUAGCUGGACUCGCUGCGAGCCCGGCAAUCAAGUUCACAGAGUCUCAGGUGAAAUGUUAUAUGCAUCAACUACUGUCAGGGCUAGAGCACUGUCACAACCAGCACGUGCUGCAUCGAGACAUCAAGGGAUCAAAUCUUCUUAUUGACAAUAAUGGGAUGCUUAAGAUUGCUGAUUUUGGGUUGGCUUCAUUCUUUGAUCCGGACCACAAGCAGCCUAUGACCAGUCGGGUGGUGACUCUAUGGUAUCGACCUCCGGAGUUGCUUCUGGGGGCUACUGAUUAUGGUGUAGGUGUAGACCUUUGGAGUGCAGGUUGCAUUCUGGCAGAGUUGUUAGCAGGGAAGCCUAUCAUGCCUGGGCGUACAGAGGUAGAGCAACUUCACAAGAUAUUCAAGCUAUGUGGCUCGCCUUCAGAAGAAUACUGGAAGAGGUCAAAGUUGCCACAUGCAACCAUAUUUAAGCCCCAACAGCCAUAUAAACGGUGUAUAAGGGAGACAUAUAAAGAUUUCCCUCCAUCGUCAUUGCCAUUAAUUGAAACACUUCUUGCAAUUGAUCCAGCGGAUCGUCAAACCGCCUCUGAUGCAUUGAUAAGUGAAUUCUUCACAACUAAACCUUAUGCCUGUGAGCCUUCGAGCCUUCCUAAGUAUCCUCCAAGCAAGGAAAUGGAUGCUAAGCUAAGAGAUGAAGCAGCUAGAAGGUUGCGAGCUGGUGUUGGAAGAGCCCAUGGUGAUGGUGUGAAGAAGCCUCGGACCCGCGACCGAGCUGCAAGGGCAGUUGCUGCCCCGGAAGCCAAUGCUGAGCUUCAAGUGAAUAUUGAUAGGCGGCGUCUAAUUACACAUGCAAAUGCGAAGAGCAAAAGCGAGAAGUUUCCUCCUCCACACCAGGAUGGAGCACUUGGAUUCCCCUUGGGUUCUUCACACCACAUGGAUCCCCCGUUUGACCCACCAGAUGUUCCAUUCAGCUCCACAUUCGUGUACCAAAAAGGACAAGUGUCAACAUGGUCUGGCCCGUUGGUGGAACCAGCGGCUGUCGGCCAUCCAAGGCGAAAGAAACAUACUGCUGGUGAUGCCCAUUUGCCAGGUCACCCAUCAAGGCCCCCUAAUGGUUCACUAAUGAAGGAAAAUCAGAAAGACAAGGGCAGUCUCCGGGUCAAAGGGUGAGAAAGCAUUCUGUAAACACUCUGCUCACACAUGCGGGACUUGGUGUCCUUGCUGUUUUACACGGUGUUUUUAUGUCGGCCUGGAACAUAAAAGUGUAUGGUGAGGUGAAGUCUCUCUUAUUUUUAUUCCAUUUUGUUUGUCUUUAAUUUUUUUUUUUUUUUUAUAUUAUGGCUGCUGCCCUAUUUAUAGGCUGCAGAAGUUGCUCCCUUAAUGUAUAUUUUGAUUAUUUUUCCCCAUGUUGAAAACUGAAUGCUGGCUAGGUUAGUGAAAUCUAAUAAAUCUUUAUCACGAUUACUAUCUUGUA